AAAAUCCACAGCCGAGAGUUUAAUCCGAGGAGCUGCAGGGGAUGUAGACAAGAAACUUCACUUAUCAAGGUGAAGACUCCUCCAACAUGGACGGCUUUUAUGACCAGCAGGUCCCCUUUGUGGUGCCUGAGAGUAAAUGUCACGUAGAGGGAGCGGAGAGGUGUCUCAGCGACCGGAAGAGGAAGUUCAUGGACACGGAGCUGGCUCAGGACACAGAAGAGCUCUUCCAAGACCUGAUCCAGCUCCAGGAAAUAUGGAUCAGAGAAGCUCAGGUUCCCGAUGACGAGCAGUUUGUCCCAGAUUUCCAGUCCAAUAAGCCGAUGUUUCAUGGACCACCUGUCAGCAAAGUGAAGAGAGAGUCCAGUCUGUCUAAAGACCCAUCUCCCUGCAGGAUGUCCCACGCUGACAUGUGCCUUUACAGUUACAGUGCCUGUGACAACAAACCAGCUGGGCUCAAAGCUCUGCCUCCAGCCUCCACACCAGACCACUGUGGCUCCUCCCAUCCUGCUGGACCUCCACCCGUACAGAGGCAGUUAAACCCUUCUUCCCCCCAGCUGACCAACAACUGCCCCCCGACCCACGCUCCCACCCCGAGCCCCUCCCACCACCACAACCUCCCGGCGGCCAACCAAAGCCAGCAGUUUGCUCUGCCGCGCCCCCCCGUCAGCUGCCCCAGUUCAUCCUUCACCACGGAACAAAGGUUUCAGCGGCAGCUGUCAGAGCCCUGCUUGUCUUUCCUCCCUCCGGAGAAAACGGUGACCGUGCCGUACCAGCCCUCGAGCCGCGACGGCCGACCGUCAUACCAGCGCCACCUCUCGGAUCCCCCGGUCCCCCAGGGCCCCCGGAGUUUCAAACAGGAGCUGGUGGAUCCACAAUACCCAGAGUCAGGGCUGGCCCGGACCCAGACUGCUUUCAACCACGUCACGAUCAAACAAGAGCCAAGAGACUUUGGCUUCGACUCAGAGGUUCAAACCUGCCAGUCAUCAUUUGGGAAGUCUUCAGUCUUGUACCAGAAUAACAGUGUCGGUCUCGGUCAUGACAGAGAGCAGCAUCUGUACUACGACGACGCCGGUGUCGUGCCAGAAAGACUGGAUGGCAAAGUGAAGCAGGAGGGUUUGCCGUACCAGCGCCGCGGCUCCCUGCAGCUCUGGCAGUUCCUGCUCACACUGCUGGACAACCCGGCCAACGCACACCUGAUCGGCUGGACGGGACGCAACAUGGAGUUUAAACUAGUCGAUCCAGAGGAGGUGGCUCGGCUCUGGGGCCUCCAGAAGAACCGACCGGCGAUGAACUACGACAAGCUGAGCCGCUCUCUGAGGUACUACUACGAGAAGGGCAUCAUGCAGAAGGUGGCUGGGGAACGGUACGUUUACAAGUUUGUAUGCAACCCCGAGGCGCUUUUCUCCCUGGCUUUCCCAGACAACCAGAGGCCGAGUCUGAAGGCCGACCCGGACGCCAUCCUGCCCCCCAGCGAGGAGGACGGCCUCCCCCCGCCCAGCUAUGAGGAGGAGGGUCCGUACCUGGAGGGAGCGGAGCAGUGCGUCCAGGGACUGGCUUUCCCUGACAGCUACCCGUACUAGACUCCACAGCCUGGCAGCUGCAGGAAAACAUGAGAUAUUUUACAGGAGGAACCUGAAUUACUGAGCAGUGUUUGAUAUUUUCAACAUGUAUUGCCUCGUCUAUGUCACAGGCAAGAAGAAUUUAUCAGAGAAUUAUUUUAUUGAAAGUAAACUAAGCCAAAAUCAGUGGAUGUAAAAAUCUGAAGUCUCUAAUGCUGCGUUCACUCCAAACGCGUCGCGAAUUAUUCGCGCGAGUAGAUUACAUACAAAGUCUAUGCACAGACGCGAUGAGACUGGCGCGGCACGAAUUUGCGAUGGCGCGACGCGAUUGACGCGAAUUUGUGCCAAAUCUGCCCAAACGCGCGAGUUGAAAUUUUUCAACUUCUGCGAAAUAUUCGCGUUACGCCCCGGCGUGAUAGCCUAUCAGCAUUGAGUU